AUGCAGUCAUACCUGCUCGGAAGGCUCGCCUUUCUUUUCGGCAUCUUUGCCGCUGCGGUCAACGCUCAAGGCGUCACCGCUGACAUUUACCCGCCAGCCAAAGCCCCAACCGGAUGCCAGGCGAGCUUCCCAGGAACGUUCGAGGUCACGGUGAUUCCUGCGAAGCUGGCAAAGCGCGAUGGUGAUUCUGUUUUCAGCCUUCAAAAGCGAAGGGAGUGUGGCCAUGACGGCGUGCUUGUUGUGACUCUGAGCAACUCAGUCACCAAAGACGCUCUUGCUCGUACCGGAUACAUCGCGUCCAACUACCAGUUCCAAUUCGACAAGCCUGCACAGGCCGGUGCAUUGUACACGGCGGGGUUCUCACUGUGUCCCAAUGGCUUGAUGGCUCUUGGAAACUCGACUCAGUUUUGGCAAUGCAAGUCGGGCGACUUUUGGAACCUGUACGACCGCAACUGGGCCCCGCAGUGUGAUCCCGUCGUUCUAAAAGCCAUGCCCUGCGGUCCCGGCUCCGAUGUCAACAAUCCAGGCGGUGCGGGGCACGUUGUCGGUACCAACAUUGUAACAACAACGAUUAUACGCCCUAUUGCCGACGGUCAGCCACAGGUAAUCACUACGGUGGUACCAAUAGCUAUGUGUCAGAUCGGCGAUGGACAAGUUCAAGCCCACACUACCCCUUGUGCUAGUCUCUCAGUCCCGCUUGAAACGGCACCUCCGGUGUCACAGAUCACGGAUGGUCAGAUUCAAGUCCCGCCGCCUAGCUCUGGCCCAGCCACAACCCCGUCCGUUGCAACACCUACUCCCGCCCCAAACCCGAUGCCGACCGGAAGCAUGAUAACCCCGCCUGCAAAGCCAUCUGGGCCACCCGUUGCUUCUCCUCCUCCGGCUGCUCCUCCGAUAAAUUCCGGAGCUAAUACACAAUGGAGUCCCCUGGCUUGGGUCAUGUCGAGCAUGGCUGUGUACACUGUCUUGUCGUGGCUAUAA